UCGGCUUCAUUAUCUGUUGAGACUUGAGAACUCUGAGAACUGAGUUUUACCCAAAAAGAUUUUAUAUUUUAAGGCAGCAGCUUUUACGCUGGAAACAUUUCACUUUUAUUUCUAUAUCUGCUAAAACAUGUUCCAUUAUUGGCAGAGUUAACAGUUAGGCGAAUAAAUAGUUUUAACAAAAGUGAAUGUAAACAUUGGACACUUCCAUAGCUAUUUGGUUGGUGGCCAGUGUGUGCGAGCAAGAGUAGUUAGUACGUGUGCGUGUGUUUGUGUGUGCGUAUGAUUGGUUGGGUGCUGCUGCUCGACUGCUGCGGGCGCACAACACAACCGACAGAAGAAGUCUCAAUUGUUGACGUUUUGUCCAAUCGGUCAUUGUUGUCAUCUUUGACUGGUUGAUUGAUCCAGAGGGCAUAGGAUCGAUAGAGUUUAGGCAAAAAAUAGCUACCAAAAAUCCUGGUGAAAUAAUGCAACAACAAAUGGAAACAACUCAAAAAAUCCAAUACAUUUCGAAAUUAUUCCAAAGCACUGCCGUUGAUAUUAAAGAUGAAUUGGAAGAGCGCUUUGAACGAGCCUACAUUAAUUUGCAGCAACAAAUCAAUGGUCUCAGUGACAAGGAUAUGCACGAUAAGCUAUCCCAGCUGGUGUGCAAAGAGAAACAACAUGAAGAAAUAUCCAUUGGCUUUCUGUACAUUAUGUUGACGGAUCCGGCAUUGGCUCCAAAAAGCUAUCGAGAUCUGACACUGGUUGCACGCGACGGCAUGAACAUGGUGGUUUCCAAUUUGACCAUGCUUGUUGCUGAGAAAUAUAAUAAGCUAACGGAAAUCGCCAGACGUCAAUUGAUUUGGCUGCUGCGUGAGCUGGUUAAACAUCAGGUCCUUAAUGUGGAGAACAUUAUAUGGAAUUGUUUGCGGCAGGCGGGUGGUGGCGAUGUGACACCAAAAAAUCUCUUUCUCGUUGAAAGCCUGUUAGAUAUAUUCAUUGAAUAUCGGCCAUGGCUGGAGACACAAUCAUUACUCAUACAAACAGUGGUGUACAAUUAUGUGCGUCUCAUCGAAGAUCAUGCUAGUCCAGCGUUGACGGCAUUACGUCAUAAGGAGGUGAAGUUUGUUAUAUCGUUGAUACGAGAAAGAUUUUCAGAUGUCAUACCAUUGGGUAGGGAUUUUGUAAGACUAUUACAAAACGUGGCUCGCAUACCCGAGUUCGAACAACUCUGGCGUGAUAUUUUGCACAAUCCCAAAAGUCUUCAUCCGACGUUCAAUGGCAUUUGGCAACUGCUACAAAUACGAACUAGCCGUCGAUAUCUACAGUGUCGACUCACGCCCGAGGUGGAACGCAAACUUCACUUCUUAACAUCUUCAGUUAAAUUUGGUAAUCAAAAGCGUUAUCAAGAUUGGUUUCAAGAUAAAUACUUUGCCACCCCAGAAUCGCAUUCAUUGCGUUCCGAUUUAAUACGUUUCAUCAUCAAUGUCAUUCAUCCAUCAAAUGAUAUGUUGUGUUCGGAUAUAAUACCAAGAUGGGCCAUUAUCGGUUGGCUAAUAUCAUCGUGUACAAAUACCAUUGCAUCGGCCAAUGCCAAGCUGUCGCUAUUCUAUGAUUGGUUAUUUUUUGAUCCGCUCAAAGAUAAUAUCAUGAAUGUCGAGCCCGGCAUAUUGGUGAUGUAUCAUUCGAUAAGGAGUCAUCCGAGUGUUAGUAGCACCCUGCUGGAUUUCUUGUGUCGAAUAAUGAAGAAUUUCUGUUUGAAACAUGAGGACAAAAUUCGAAUGGGCGUAUAUAAUUCAUUGAAUAAAAUUUUAGAAAAACAGGUCAUUCCAAAUAUCCAACCUCUGUUUGAAUCCCCAAAAUUGGAUCGUGAAUUACGUAUGCUGAUACGUGAAAAUUUCCGAGAAUUUGUAUCGCCGGCAGCGCCAACUGGUAAUGUUGGACCACCCAUGUAUCCGGGCGCCUCAUCAGUUAUACAAGCUCCCGUCUUUAAGAAAGAAGCCGAUCAACGUUCUUUGCAUCAGGGGGCGAUAAUGUUUGGCAGUGGUGGUGCGGCAACCCAACAACAGCCUCAGCCUCAACAUGACCUGCAACACAUGCAAAAUCAUUACCAGCCUCACAUGACGAAUACAGCCGAUUUGCUUGAACAUUCACAUGCAAUAGACAGCGGUGGUGGUGGCGGUGGUGUGGCGGGUGGUGGACCUGUUGUGGGCGGUAUUGUAACAACAAAUAUGGCCGAUGAAGAUAACAAACUGUCCAUAAUACCUCCCGAAAAUAAUGACGGGGAAACCGAAGCGGCCUUUAGUGAAGACGAUGAAGACAUCAAAGAUGUCAAAAAUGAAGAGAACACCGACGAUGACGAUGAUCUGCCGCUGUCAAAGGUCCGUUUAAAAGAGAAACCCGAAAAACCGGAAAAAGUCGAUCUUCCUGCCUCGAUUAGUGAUACAUUCGAAACGUUUGUCACGAAACGUAACUCAUUUACGUGGGAGGCAUUUCUAGAGGACUUUCGCUCUUUACCCGCUUCAGCUUUAGACGAUGCACAGUUGCAGUAUGUGAUCUCGAAUACGCAUUUAAUCUUACGCGAAACGUUACCAGUGCAAAACAUCUUUCCCGAGAGCAAGACGGACGAAAAGAAUCUAGCCAAAAGUAUAAGCUAUCCGAUAUUUGGACUGUAUCGGUUUCUCUACGAGAACGAGGAUAAAAGCAAAAAACCCUUUCAGACAUUGCUCACCGAAAUCUGCACACGUAUUCCAGAAACCGGUUUUCUGUUGUUGUACUUCAUGAAGGUCCAUGUCAAAUUGCAGACACGAAAAAAUGCCCAACAAUCGGCCCAAUUCAAGACGAACAUUUAUCGCAUGAUUUGCGAUGCUGUGGAUAAGAAAUUGGACGAUUGUCUGGCACGAGAUUUGGAUUUGUUGGAAAAGGAAAAUACCAACAUAUAUCUGUGGCUGCUGCCGGAUAUCUAUCGUGAAUUCAAAUCGAUAGCAAUCAAUAAUAGUGAUUUGCUGCGCAUAACAUUACGCUGCAUAGAUGCAAGAAAUCUACGAGAUCUUAUGUAUUAUGUGGCCCAGGGAAAACUGACACUGUUCAAAGCGGAUGGUCUCAUUGAGUGUAUACGUGAUAGCCUGGUCUAUGAGACAUUUGAACAGUUGUGUCUGUGGCAAUUGGUUCAGGCCCAUGAUGUGCCUCUCAAAUGUCUGCAAGAUAUUUUACCUGAAUUAGAAUCUGCCAAUCAUCCGGAAGCAUUGGGCUACUUAUUGCUGUUGCUGAAAAGCGAAGAGCCAACUAAUGAGUUAAUACGUUUGCUACUCAGCCGGGAAACAAAAUCACGUGGCGAUCCUUUUGUGACAUCGGCUUUAAGAUUUUGGUGUCAACGAAGUGAGGAAAAAUUAUCGGAAAUCAUUGCAUCACUAUUAACAUCUAAAUACCCCUCAUCAUCGCCAAACAAAAGAAAAAGGCCGCUCAAAGGAAGUUCAGCAUUAAACAGUACCCCCUCAGCCGAUCAGGUAUUAAGUCAUUUAGAGCAUUAUCGAAGGAGCUGUCGCCAUGGCACUGGCACGGGUUUAUAUGUACACGAUACCAUGCAGAGGGCCCUGCAAACGGCCUAUACGCAUAGUACUGAAAGCACAAAGAAACAAUACAGCGAUUUGUUUUCUUUGGCUGCCGAAGAUGAAACCACUGCGGUGGGUCGUCGGGGUGGCAGUGGGCGUGGCCGCAAGCAACCAACAUCGAAAAAGGAUUCAAGCAGUUCUAGUGCUAAUAGCAAGAAAAAUUCAGAUCCUGUCAAAACAGUAUAUACAUCAGAUGAGGAUUCAAGUGAGGAGGACUGGUCCAAGCAGAAAAUUUCCCAGGCUAAAAAACGCAAGAAAACCACCAAUGACUCCGACUGACAACAGUACCGGUCGUCACCGUAUUAUCCCGAAGAAAUCGAUGAUAAUGAUGAUGAACACAACAAUGAGAAGGAGUUUUUCUAAAACAAAAACUCCCCACCCAAACAACAAAAAAUUUUAAAAAUUUCUUAAAAUCAUCAAAAAAACGCAAAACACACACACAAAACUCAAAAAACAAAAGUAACAACAAAAAAAAAAAAAACAACAACCGAAAACAAAACCCCAUACAUAAUUACAAGAAAAAUAAAAUAUAAAAGUUUAUUUGAUAAGUAUGAUAUAAAAUAAUAAUAAUAAUAAUAGUAUGCCAAUGUAGAGUUUUUUGAAUGUUGAAAUAUUCACGUUAUAUUUUUUUAUUUUUAAUAAAAAUAAAAAAUUUCCAAAAUUUAUUAUAUAAAAAAAAAAAACGAGAAAAAGAACACUAAAUUUAUCAUCCCCCUGCUCCCGCCCCUCGCCCCUUAAAAAUAAUACAAAUCAAUGUAAAAAGACUAAUCAUGUAAAACAGAAAAACCACACACACACACAAACACAAAAAAGUUAAGAAUAAAAAAAUGUGUCUUUUUAAGAA